UUUGGUUAGCUAACCCGAAGCAGCAUCGUUACGUCAGACAUCUUCACCAGACCGAACAAUAGCGCUGACUCCUCCCGUGGUGGCGCGAAAGGGUAGGAUAUGGCUUCCGACAUGGAUAAACUCGACCCGGAGAAGCUUCAGGUUGACUCCCGACUGGGGACCGGGCCGAAUAGAGAAAGAUUACACGAUUCUCCUAGUUUAACUCAGAUGCGUUCUUUGUCCAUUGCCCGCGUACGGUCCAACAAUGGCCACGGAUGCGCCGACUUGGAUGAUGGCGACGACUCAACCGAUGAUACAGUUACACCUGAUCACCCUCAGGUCGAAAAGGACCCAUUCGAGGUAACAUGGGAGAGUGAAACGGAUCCAUUAUGUCCUAAGAGCAUGAGUAUUGUUCGAAAGUGGCUUGUUGUGAUAACUGUUGGCAUGGGAAGUCUAUGUGUGACGUGUACGAGUUCCAUUUAUGCGUCAACAUAUUCUCAGAUGAACCCCGAGUUCCAUAUAUCGAGCAUCGUUGGCACUCUCGGUCUAUCGCUUUUUGUGCUAGGCAUUGCUCUUGGCCCGCUACUCAUGAGUCCCCUGAGUGAAUUCGUUGGACGACGACCGAUUUAUCUCAUUUCCUGGGCUCUAUUCCUAAUAUGGUUGAUACCAAGCGCAGUCUCUCGCAACGCCGCGACCAUGAUGGUAGCACGAUUUAUCGAUGGAUUCGGUGGCAGUUCGUUUCUCAGCGUCGCGGGUGGGACUGUCAGUGACAUAUUUAAUCGAGACCAAAUCCAAGCACCAAUGGUCAUAAUAGCGUUGAGCCCCUUUGUUGGCCCUAGUCUAGGUCCUUUACUCGGCGGUUUCAUCAACUACUACUCAUCCUGGAGAUGGACUUAUUACGCGAUGCUCAUCUGGUCUGUCGUUGAGUUUGCCAUGAUAAUAUUCUUCGCGCCCGAGACAUACCACCCAAUCAAGCUCCGCGAAAAAGCCCGAAAGCUGAGAAAGGAGACGGGGGAUGAACGUUGGAAGGCACCUAUGGAAAAAUCCAAUAAGUCUGUUGGGGCGACUAUUGGAAACUCCCUGCUACGCCCCUUUCAGCUGCUUAUAUUUGAGCCCAUGUGCCUACUACUCUGCCUAUUCUCCGCCAUCUUGCUCGGUGUCCUCUACUUGUUCUUUGGAGCAUUCAGCCUAGUCUUCGGAGGUACCUAUGGUUUCAACCUUUGGCAGUCUGGCUUGAGCUUCCUUGGUAUUUUCACUGGCAUGAUCAUCUGUUCUGCGAUCGACCCCAUCUGGCGUAUCAAAUAUCUUCAACUUUUGGAACAAAACAAUGGGCGUCCCGAGCCCGAGUUUAGGUUACCAUCUGCGAUUGCUGGUGCAUUCCUUGUUCCUAUUGGCCUAUUCAUCUUUGCAUGGACCGCCUACCCAUGGGUUCACUGGAUAGUACCAAUCAUUGGAUCGGGCAUUUUUGGCUGCGGCACGCUAAUGGUUUUCACUGGAAUAUUCACUUUCCUCGUGGACGCGUAUCCGUUGUAUGCUGCUUCAGCACUCGCUGCGAACAGUUUCGUUAGAUGUACCUUUGCUGCUGCAUUCCCUCUUUUCGGAAUUCAGAUGUACCAAAAACUUGGUUACCAAUGGGGAUCUAGUUUGCUCGCCUUUCUUACGGUGGCGAUGAUGCCGUUCCCGUACUUGUUUUUCCGAUACGGAAAACAAAUCCGCAAAAACAGCAGAUUUGCUACACAUUCGUAACCUGAUAUAUUUAUAUUAAAUUGAUCUAGGACUUUUGUUGGUAUGUGGCUUAAUGUCUGAUACCCCUUGCCACAGCCCAGAGCUAGAUCACAUUACUUUCUUACAGCCAGGGUAUCGCCAGACGCUCACCCUGCU